CGAGGUGGAUGUUUCUUGUGAGCAGCAGACACACCGCCGUGCGUCUUUGCGCUCGCAGAUCAUCCAGUCCUGAUCCACUCACAGUGUCUUUCUCUCGUUUUCCCCUCAGCAGCCUCACCUGCGAAGCCACAGCGGAGGAUCGCGGAGCUCCUCAACGGACACUUUGCUGACUGACAGACACCGGGACGGACAGACAGACCCAUCAGUGUACUUUUACCAUGGAGGAGAGCCGCGCAGAGUAACUUACAGCAGCCCACAGUAUCCACAAUCAGACUGUCAGAGAGGAGAGCGAGCUUUCACAAUGACCAGUUAAAUUCCUGCCGCCAAUGAUUUCUUUGGAGAGUGGAUUGACCAUCUCCUAACAGCUGAGGAGACGAGCAGAGAGGCCUUUUAUUCGUUUAUUUCAGUCCUCAGAUGGACCGAGUGCCCUCGGCACUGGCCGCUAAGAUGCGCUGGAUCACGCUGGUGCUUGCCGGCUUGACUUUCUGGGGCAAAGUGACUAUUUGUAACUGUUUCGACUACGAGGAGCCAGACUAUGAUUAUUAUGAAGAGGACAGAGCGGAGACCAUUGACUACAAAGACCCAUGCAAAGCUGCUGCAUUCUGGGGCGACAUCGCUUUAGACGAGGAGGACCUGCGCAUGUUCCAGAUUGACAGGACGAUAGACCUCACACAGCACACACACAUGCACACACACUCCCGGCAGGGGCACACGUCUGGUGGCCUCGAGGAACAUGACAUUUCUAAGAAGAGAGGAUCCUUAUAUUUACUGCUGGAGAGAAUACGCAGGUUCGGCUUCGACUAUCUCCCCAAGAACUUCAGCAAGGCAGCUGCCAAUCCAAAGAGCCAAAUCGGGAAAGGUGGGAAGACCGGGAAGGUCGUCAAGAGGCGUAUUCCUCGAGCGGCCACAUCCCGAGCUGAGAGGAUAUGGCCUGGAGGAGUCAUUCCCUACGUCAUAGGAGGAAACUUCACUGGGAGUCAGAGGGCCAUGUUUAAGCAGGCCAUGCGUCACUGGGAGAAACAGACGUGCGUAACUUUCAUUGAGAAGACAGAUGAGGAAAGCUACAUUGUGUUCACCUACAGACCCUGCGGGUGUUGUUCCUAUGUGGGUCGUCGUGGCAACGGGCCCCAGGCUAUCUCCAUAGGCAAGAACUGUGACAAGUUUGGCAUCGUGGUGCACGAACUGGGCCACGUCAUUGGCUUCUGGCACGAGCACACGCGGCCUGACCGUGACGAUCACGUGACCAUCAUCCGCGAUAACAUCCAACCAGGCCAGGAGUAUAACUUUCUCAAGAUGGAGCCAGGGGAGGUCAACUCUCUCGGGGAGCCAUAUGAUUUUGAUAGCAUCAUGCACUACGCCAGGAACACCUUCUCACGGGGGAUGUUCCUCGACACCAUACUUCCAUCCAGAGAUGAAAACGGGGUCCGGCCUGCUAUUGGCCAACGCACCAGGCUCAGUAAAGGAGACAUUGCACAAGCAAGGAAGCUGUAUAGAUGUCCAGCAUGCGGAGAGACGCUCCAAGAGUCAACAGGCAACUUCUCAUCCCCUGGUUACCCCAACGGAUACCCUUCGUACACACACUGUGUCUGGAGAAUAUCUGUUACACCCGGAGAAAAGAUUGUUCUUAACUUUACCACCAUGGAUCUGUAUAAAAGCAGUCUGUGUUGGUAUGACUACAUUGAGGUUCGGGAUGGAUACUGGAGGAAAGCUCCACUGCUCGGCAGGUUUUGUGGCGAUAAAGUUCCUGACGUCUUGAUCUCCACUGACAGCAGGAUGUGGAUUGAGUUCCGCAGCAGCAGCAACUGGGUGGGAAAAGGCUUUGCUGCCAUUUAUGAAGCAAUCUGUGGAGGGGAAAUCACCAAAGACUCAGGACAGAUUCAGUCUCCCAACUAUCCUGAUGACUACAGACCCUCUAAAGAGUGUGUGUGGAGGAUCACUGUGUCCGAGGGAUACAACGUCGGACUCAGCUUCCAGGCCUUUGAGAUCGAGAGGCACGACAGCUGUGCUUACGACUACCUGGAGGUCCGAGACGGCCCUCUUGAGACAAGCCCUCUGAUUGGUCGAUUCUGUGGCUACGACAAACCCGAGGAUGUGCGCUCCACCUCACACACACUGUGGAUGAAGUUUGUAUCAGACGGGACGGUUAACAAGGCCGGCUUUGCUGCUAACUUUUUCAAAGAGGAGGAUGAGUGUGCCAAGCCAGACAAUGGUGGAUGUGAACAGAGGUGUGUAAACACUCUCGGCAGCUUCAAGUGUGCCUGUGACCCGGGCUACGAACUAGCUCCUGACAAGAAGAGCUGUGAAGCGGCGUGUGGUGGUCUCCUCUCCAAAUUGAACGGGACCAUCAGCACUCCUGGUUGGCCUAAAGAGUAUCCCCCCAACAAGAACUGUGUGUGGCAGGUGGUCGCUCCCACUCAGUACCGCAUCUCCAUGCAGUUUGAGGCCUUCGAGCUGGAGGGAAAUGAGGUGUGUAAAUAUGACUAUGUGGAGGUGCGCAGCGGCCUUUCAUCCGACUCUAAGCUGCAUGGUAAAUACUGCGGCACUGAAGUCCCUGAGGUCAUCACCUCUCAAUAUAACAACAUGAGGAUUGAGUUUAAAUCUGACAACACCGUCUCCAAGAAAGGUUUCAAGGCUCACUUCUUCUCAGACAAAGAUGAGUGCAGCAAGGACAACGGCGGCUGCCAGCACGAGUGCAUCAACACAGUGGGCUCUUACGUUUGUCAGUGUCGCCAUGGCUUUGUACUGCAUGAGAACAAACAUGACUGUAAGGAAGCUGAGUGUGAGCAUAAGAUCCACAGCCCUAGUGGGACCCUGAGCAGUCCGAACUGGCCAGACAAGUAUCCCAGCCGUAAGGAGUGCACCUGGGACAUCACAGCCACGCCGGGACACCGAGUCAAGAUAGCCUUCAAUGAGUUUGAGAUCGAGCAGCAUCAGGAAUGUGCAUAUGACCAUCUUGAGGCCUUUGACGGGGACAGUGACACGGCAGCCAUCUUGGGUCGAUUGUGUGGCAGCAAGAUCCCGGAGCAGCUGGUCUCCACCGGCAACAAGAUGUACCUCCGCUUCAUUUCUGACGCCUCAGUACAACGGAAGGGCUUCCAAGCUGCACACUCCACAGAGUGCGGAGGUCGUCUGAAGGCGGAGGCUCGUCAGAAGAAUCUCUACUCUCACUCUCAGUUUGGAGACAAUAAUUACCCUGGGCACACUGACUGCGAGUGGCUGCUGAUGGCCGAACAGGGCUACGGCAUCGAGCUGAGCUUCAUCACGUUUGAGGUUGAGGAGGAAGCUGACUGUGGUUAUGACUACAUCGAGCUGUACAACGGGUACGACGCCAACUCACAUCGACUCGGUCGCUUCUGCGGUUCAGGGCCCAGGGAGGGGAUCUACUCCCCCGGAGGCGCGAUGCUGAUCCGUUUCCACAGCGACGACACAAUCAGCAAGAAGGGCUUCCACAUCCGCUACACGAGCACCAAGUUCCAGGAGAGCCUUCACACCAGGAAAUGACCUCACACGCAGCCCGUGACCUCUGACCUCUGCGCAGCCCCCCGCCACUGUCACCCUGACCUUCACCACGUCAACGAGAAAAGUACAGCCUGUCCCCUUCUUCUCGGACCCGACCUGCAGAUGUGGGCGUUUGCCAGCCGCGGGAGGAAGACAACACUUUUACGUGAACAUUAGUCUCCCUCCGUGGCUCCACACGGGUCACCAGACAGGAAAAAAAACAAGCCGACGACUGAGAGCUCUGUGGAGGAGCUCUCAUUACAGCACAUCAAGCUACCCUCAGUGUGGAUACUCAUGGUUGCAAAACAAAAGAGUACAAACAUAAACACACAAAAUUCAUAUUCAGAAUUAUUAAUACGAGGAACUAAGGAGCUUCUACCUAAAAGAAAAAUGCAUCCAACAAGGAAGUUUUGAGUCUUUUCUGACUCCUUGAACUGUGCGACUUACUGUGAUCAGACGGCCGCUCUUCCCCACAGUAGCUGAGAGGAAACUCUAAAAUAGACAUUUUUAUUGCCUUUGAUGCCUGGGAACUGGUCUCUUCAACCCAGCUCAGAACGGCUGCAGAUGAUUUAAUUUCAUGUCUUAUUGUAAAACCCAUUGUGUUUACUGUAUGUGUGUCUGUGUGUGUACAGAGAACAAGAACAGACAAAAGGCUGAAGUCCGUCAUUCUUUGCUUAAAGCUUAUGCAGACGACCAUCGUGGAAUGGAAAAAAAAAAGACAAUGCAAAUGGAGAAUUUCCAAAUGAUCUGUGAUUUUAAUGUUAAGCCUUGCAUUAUGUUGUGUGCGUGACCAUGCUGUUUUUGAGUUUGCACCAUUUUGUAAUAUACUUUCAUUGAUGUUGGCACCCCUCCCCCCCCCCCCCAAAAAAAAAAGUGGACAUCGGAAGGGAAUAUUUUCACAGCUGUCUCUCGUGGUGACGCGAUUCUGGUUGAAGGAGAGAUUCCCAUGGUGCUAAAAAUAAAACUACACUGAAUGACAGAUGACUGCGGUUGGAAGUAAAGGUUUUCAGUAGGAGACACAGUCGGCGUGCAAACAGCACAAUGCAUCAACAGCACUAGUCCUGUGGACCUACAAUAUUGCCUUAGAACCAAAGCGUAUGCUGUCGGAGGACGCUCCUAUGCUCUUGUGUCAGCGGAGUGUUUUCGAGGUUUUUUUGGCAGCAUAUUUCAUUUGUUUGGAGAUCUUGAAUGGUUUUAUUGUUAAAUACAAACAUGGGAAAUGUAGUCUGUGUGUGAGACAGAGUGUCAAUGGUGCAUGAGUGUUUGUGUGUCAUUUUUGGAGCUGCUCUCAGAGAUACAUACAUACAUACAUACAUACACAAAUAUUUGCGUGCAUUUUCCCCCCGAACAUAUCUGAACACACACAUCCCCUUCUGUAUAUUUGGAGCGUGGAGAGCAAAGUGCUGUAAACUUGAAAGAAUAUCAAGGUGCAUACAGGUUGCAUCACUUGUUGUGUUAAAUGCAAAAUGUGUAAGUGUGUGUUAUAGGAGAUUAUAGAGAAACAAUGUGUGUGUAUGUCUGUAAACUGUAUGUUUUUAAGUUGAAUCAUUCAUUGCUGUACGUGCCAAGCUCCAGGUGACCCUGAUCCACUGUAGUUUUUGUUUGAUCUUUCCACCUCUGUGUCUGUAGACACUGACAUGACGUCCUCUGCAUCAGUCAUUAAAAUACACACAGGUAAAAACAA